AUGAUACAGGGUGCCUUUGGCAGCCAGAGCCUAUACAGCCUUGGGGGAAGCAAGAAAAUCUUGCUUAGUGCCACCCAGGCUGGGGGCUCAGUGUGGGGAUGCUGGGGAUGUUUGGGUGCCUUUGGAGGGAGCCUGUGUGAGGCUGGAGGAAGGGGCAAUGGAUAUGGUGGUUUUGGAGGCAUUCCUGGUGGAUCUGGGGGCCAUGAGGGUUCAGGGGGCUUUCCCCUCAGCAUCCAGGAGGUGACCAUCAACCAGAGUCUCCUUCAGUCCCUGAACAUGGGAAUCGACCCUCUAGAUCAGGAGGGUGAAGGCCAAGAGAAGCAGCAAAUCAAGAUGUUCAAUGACAAGUUUGCUUCCUUCAUCGACAAGGUGUGGUUCCUGGAGCAGCAGAACAAGGUCCUCGAGACCAAGUGGACCCUCCUUCAGGAGCAGGGCUCCAGUUCUAAUAGCAACGACAACAACCUUGAGCCUUUUUUUGAGAACUACAUCAGUAGCCUCAAGGCCUUCCUGGAUGGGCUGCACACAGAGAAGGACAAGCUGGAGGGUGAGCUGAGGAGCAGGGAGGAGCCGGUGGAAGACUUCAAGAAGAGGUAUGAAGAGGAGACCAACAAGCGCGUGGCUGCAGAGAAUGGCUUCGUGGUCUUGAAGAAGGAUGUCGAUGUUACCUACAUGACCAAAGUGGAACUGGAGGCCAAGGUGGAGACUGUGACAGAUGAGAUCAACUUCCUGAAGACCUUCUAUGAUGUCGUGAGUGUGCUUUUCACGUACACCAGCGACACGUCUGUGGUCCUGUCCAUGGACAACAACUGCUGCCUGGACCUGGAUAGCAUCACUGCUGAGGUCCGUGCACAGUAUGAGGCUAUUGCCCAGAGGAGUAAGGCAGAGGCCGAGGUGCUCUACCAGACCAAGUUGGGGGAGCUGCAGACCAUGACCGGCAGGCAUGGAGAUGACCUGAAGAACACCAAGAGCGAGAUCUCUGAGCUCAACAGAAUGAUCCAGAAGCUGCGGGCUGAGAUCAAGAGCACCAAGAAGCAGAAUGCCAACCUGCAGACGGCCAUCGCUGAUGCAGAGCAGGGCGGGGAGCUGGCCCUCAGGGACGCCAAUGCCAAGCUCCAAGACCUCAAGGCUUCCCUGCUGCAGGCCAAGGAGGACCUGGCCAGGCUGCCCUGGGAGUACCAGGAGCUGAUGAAUGUCAAGCUGGCCCUGGACAUUGAGAUUGCCGUCUACCGGACCCUCCUGGAAGGCGAGGAAUGCAGGAUGUCUGGUGACUGCCAGAGUUCUGUUAGCAUUGAGAUGGUACACAACACCAGCAGCGGAGGCGACAGCGGCUGUGCCCAGGGAGGGGCCGCCCUGGAAGGCAGAGCUGGGGCCCACAGGGGCCUGGGCUCCGGAGGGGGCUCGGUGCUACGCGGGGGCUUCUCUAGUUCGGGGGGCCCCAGGGCCACCCGCGGGGGGGGCAGCAACAGCUCCCGCCAGGUCUCACAAAGUUCCUCCCAGAGCUGGCGGUCCCACCACAAAUUCUGA